AAACGAAAAGCAUAAAAAAGAAAGGAAAAAAAAAAAAAAAAAUAAAGUUGUUCAAUUGAAUCUCUUCCCAAACUUCAUUUCUUCGCCCUAAACUCUCUCACUCACUCACUUUCUCUCUCCUCACUUUCUCUCUCUUCCGAUCGACGAUUCACCAUGACCAAGCAACACGCGAAUUGGUCUCCAUACGAUUUCAAUGGGGGAACAUGUGUUGCAGUAGCUGGUGCAGAUUACUGUGUGAUAGCUGCUGAUACUCGUAUGUCAACUGGCUACAACAUUCUCACUCGUGAUUACUCCAAGAUUUGCAAGCUAGCUGAAAAAAGUGUAUUGGCUUCAUCUGGAUUUCAAGCUGAUGUGAGGGCCUUACAGAAGCAUUUAGAAGCAAGGCACCUGAUCUAUCAACAUCAACACAACAAACAGAUGAGCUGCCCUGCUAUGGCUCAGCUCCUUUCAAACACACUCUACUAUAAACGUUUCUUCCCUUAUUACGCUUUCAAUGUAUUGGGUGGCCUUGACAGUGAAGGCAAGGGGUGUGUAUUUACAUAUGAUGCGGUGGGGUCAUAUGAGAAGGUUGGAUACAGCUCCCAGGGUUCUGGUGCGAAGCUUAUCAUGCCUUUCCUGGACAACCAGUUAAAGUCUCCUAGUCCCCUUCUACUACCUGCACAGGAUGCUGUGACACCACUGUCAGAAUUAGAAGCAAUAGAUUUGGUUAGAACUGCUUUUGCAUCUGCAACUGAGAGGGACAUUUACACUGGUGACAAGCUGGAAAUAGUGGUUCUCAACAAGGAAGGUCUUCGUCGAGAAUACAUGGAACUCAGAGAAGAUUAAGCUGUAUUCCAAGAAUGUCAUUAUUACAUUGAGUGGUUUCGUUGAUGAAAUUGAAGCAUUGUUAGUGAAAACAUGUUUGUAGCAGCAAAUGAUGAUAAGUUUGGAACAGACACUCUCUUCUCUUGUUAUCUGAAACCGUAGGUGGAACUAGCUUUGCCAGGAAGUAUUAUGCGUACAAUCAAAAUUAUUUCCAUGUGCUCUUUUGGGCUAUUUCUUUCCGAUAAUUUAUUUGAAAGCAGCUUUGAUCUUAAA